AUGCACAAAAACAUUCGCGACAAUCACAAAAAGUACAUCAAGUCCAAGCGCAAGACCAAAGACGUGGACCAGAUUCAUGAGGAUUUCAAGCCAGAGGUGCUGGAGAAGCUGAUGCAACCCGAGGUGGAUGGCGACCUACCCGGCUUGGGCCAGUUUUACUGUGUGCAUUGCGCGCGCUAUUUUGUAAACCAGCUGUCCCUUGCUGGACAUUUCAAGAGCAAGGUGCAUAAGCGAAGGGUAAAGCAGCUCUCGGAAACGCCCUACUCUCAAGCCGAGGCCGAUGCUGCAGCGGGCCUUGGCACCUACAAGCCACCUCAACGCGUCGAGGUGCCCAAUGUUGCCGUGGGUCUUGAUACUCAAGUCGAGGCCUCAUCGUCGUAAUUAGAUCGUGCUGAGACUGCGUGUGUUUUGAUUGAGACUCCCCGGUGCCCAUGAUCACCGUCAGCCCAAAGCAGUGCAUGUGACUUGCCAAGGGUUGUCCGUCUGGGUUGAUGUGUCUUGUUCUGAUGAUCCGGUCGGAUGGCAUGCUGUGCUUCUUUGAUCUGCCACAUG